AUGGAAGCUGUUUUGACCUCCUGCGACUUCAACAACAGCAGCAAACCCUACUGCAAUUUUCGCCAGGAUAGUGAAGACAAUAGUGACUGGACCCGACACAGCGGCCCCUCUCCCACUCCAGGCACUGGCCCAGAUGGCGGCUAUCCUGAUGGAAGCGGAUUCUACAUUUACCAUGAAUGUGACAAUGUUGCAAAUGGACAGACUGCCCGUCUGAUCACCCCCACAUUGGGCAUAGGCCCUGCCCAAAUGUGCGUCCAGUUCAAGUACUACAUGUAUGGGAUGGAUACACAAAACAAACUGUCAGUGCUCGUAAAAAGGCCUGAUAUGGAGGAGAACAUAUGGGAGAGAGUGGGGUUCCAGAGUCCUUCUUGGCUCGAUGGGUCUGUGACUGCGGCCACACCUGAAGGGCAGACAGUUGAAUUUGUAUUUGUGGCAACACGUGGGAUUACAUCGUCAUGUGACACAGCUUUGGACAGCAUUGUCAUCAGUGAGGGAGCUUGCCUUGAGUGUUUGUCUGAAUGUGACUUUGACACCAUGGAUGAGCUGUGUGGCUGGACCAUCACACAAGAUCCUAACAUAUUUGGCUGGGAGCAAUGGUCUGGGUCAGCUCCCACAGAAGGGACAGGACCUCAAGACGACUUCUCCAAACCAGGCUUUGGUUUGUACAUGCUGUUAGACUCCAUGUUCAGAGUGCCCGGUGCAAGUACAGAGCUUUGGAGUCCAUCCGUUUCUUCUGCAGGAUGUCUCCAACUCUCCUUCUACUACACCCUGUAUGGUACUUCCACCAAUGUGCAGAUCAACGUCUACGCUGCCACAGCUGCACCAGCAUUAACUACUGCUAAGCCCUCCACAGACGCCCCUAGACCAACCACACCAAAACCUCUGACCACAGUACCACAAGAAACUCCGAGCCCCAUCACACCACAGCCCCCAACCACUGGAGCCCCAGCAACUCCGAGCCCCACCACACCGCAGCCUCCAACCACUGCAGCCCCUGCAACUCCGAGCCCCACCACACCGCAGCCUCCAACCACUGCAGCCCCUGAAACUCCGAGCCCCAUCACACCACAGCCCCCAACCACUGGAGCCCCAGCAACUCCGAGCCCCACCACACCGCAGCCUCCAACCACUGCAGCCCCUGUGAAAUGUCCCCCCAAUGCACACUAUAAGGAAUGUGGCCCAGCCUGCAUCCCAAGCUGCCAGGAUCCCUCUACCAACUGUACCGGCUCCUGUAUCAGCGGCUGCUUCUGUGACCCAGGAUAUGUGUUCCGUGGUCGCCGCUGCGUUCCCCUUCACCAGUGUGGCUGUUUGGACGAGAGCAACAACUACUAUGAGCCAGGGGAAAUUAUCUUUGGUGAUGGCUGCUCAGAGUUGUGUCGAUGCAUUGGGAACUACACGCUGGACUGUGUCAGCAAUGCCUGUGAGCCCACAGAGGAGUGUCGUGAAUUCAACGGUGUUACAGGCUGCUAUCCUAAAGGCACCUCUACCUGCAUCGCCACAAAUGACCCUCACUACACUACGUUUGACCAUCGGCGAUAUAGCUUCAUGGGCAACUGCAGCUACCUCAUGGCAGACACCUGCAACAGCACCCUGGCCCCACCCUUUUCAGUCUAUGCUGAUAACGAGCAUCGCUACAACCAGCUCUCUGUCACCUAUGUCAAAGCAGUGCAUGUGCACACACGCGGAGUGGUGGUGUCGGUGCUGAAGGGGGGAACUGUGCAGGUGAAUGGGACUACAGUCAACCUGCCUGUGACCCCAGCUCAGGGCGUGUCUGUCUUCAAGUCGGGGAGACACUACACUGUGGCUGCAGAUUUUGGUGUUACAGUACGAUACGAUGGAAACCACUUCAUGGACAUCAAAGUCACCAGCGAUUACAAGAACAGCUUGUGUGGGCUAUGUGGAGACUACAAUGGAAACCCCAAGGAUGAUUUCCGCACACCAUCUGGUCAGCUAGUCACAAAUACCAAUGAGUUUGGGCACAGUUGGAACUCUGACACAAACUGCAACAAGAAGCCCAAUGAAACAAUCCCAGAAUGCAGUGAUGAUCAAGAGGAUAUGUAUGAGAGUCCCGCCUACUGUGGCAUGUUAUUAGAUCCCAAGGGACCCUUUGCCACCUGUCAUCCCAGAGUCAGCCCCAAUGGCUUCUUCCAGGACUGUCUCUUUGACAUGUGUGCACUGGACGGGGCUCAAACAUCGCUGUGCGAAGCACUGGAGUCCUACGUCAACGAGUGUCAGGACCGCAACGUGAGCGUUGGGUCAUGGAGAAACAGCACAUUCUGUCCUCUUCCCUGCCCAGCUAAUAGUCACUAUGAGGCGUGUGCUCCACCUUGCCCCCCAUCCUGCACCAUUCCCAGCCCAGGACAAUGCAGUGGACCAUGUGCAGAGGGGUGUGUGUGUGACACAGGAUAUGUUUACAGUUCUGGGAAAUGUAUUAAACAGGAGAGCUGUGGGUGCAACUUCAAUGGACAGUACUACCAGGCAGGGGAAGAGUUCUACACUGAGGGCUGUGAGCUCAAGUGCACAUGUGAGGGAGGGGUUGUGUCGUGCUGGCCUGGAGACUGUCCCCCUCAGCAUGCCUGUAGACUGCAGAAUGGAGUGGUGGGCUGCUACCCCUUAAGUACAAAGGACUGUUACAUCUCUGGAGACCCACAUUACACCACCUUUGAUGGGAAAUACUAUACCUUCAUGGGUACCUGCACCUAUACUCUGGCUAGGAGCUGUCAAAACCACACAGGUCCCUGGUUCUCAGUGGAGGGGAAGAAUGAGGAGAGGGGUGUGGCAGGCGUUUCAUACCUGCGCAAGCUGUAUGUCAAUGUCAGUGGAGUCACUGUCACUCUGAUGAAGAGCAGAAGGACUCUGGUGAAUGGUCUGCGUGUGUCCCUCCCGCACUCCCCUUCUCCGCUCAUCUUUCUCUCCCUGGCUGGGCAGUAUGUCACCAUGCAGACCACUUUCGGUCUGACAGUACGCUGGGACGGGAACCACUACGCACACAUCUCAGUCCCAAGCUCCUACUUCGACCAGAUGUGUGGUUUGUGUGGAGAUUAUGAUGGAAACCCAAACAAUGACUUCACCAAACCAGACGGUUCACUGGCCGGGAAUUCAAACCAGUUUGGUAACAGCUGGCAAACUGAGGACGAUGAGGAUGACAGGUGUUUGCCUGAUGACAAACCUGAACCGCCCUGUGAGCCCAGUCUUGAGGCAGAGGUGUCCAAACCUGAGAAUUGCGGCAAACUGAAUGACACCCAAGGGCCUUUCAGGGACUGCAUUGAGAUGGUUGACCCACGGCCCUAUUUCCAGAGCUGUGUGUAUGACAUGUGUCGAUAUGACGGGCUUGAGCAAACCCUAUGUGAUCAGCUGCAGUCCUACACAGAUGCCUGUCUCAGCGCAGGAGCCCCUGUCCACCAAUGGAGGGAACCAGACUUCUGCCCUCUGGCCUGCCCCCCCAACAGUCACUACUCCUUAUGUGUGAGCUCAUGUCCAGAGACAUGCGUGGGUCACAGUGGGGGUGCACAGCCAGGGUGUGGAGAGAACUGUGUGGAGGGCUGCAAGUGUGACCCCAGCUUCAUCCUCAGCAAUGAGCGCUGUGUUCCUCUCAGAGACUGUGGCUGUGUUGAUCCCCAAGGCUCUUACCACCCUGUGAAUGAGAGCUGGUAUCUGGAGGGUUGUACUGGGCGCUGUGUGUGCAGAGGGGAGGGAGUGAUUGAGUGCCACAAGAACACCUGUGCACCCAAUGAGGUCUGCCAACUGCAGGAUGGAGAAUACGGCUGCCAUCCGUUGGCAACUCCGAGCCCCACCACACCGCAGCCUCCAACCACUGCAGCCCCUGUGAAAUGUCCCCCCAAUGCACACUAUAAGGAAUGUGGCCCAGCCUGCAUCCCAAGCUGCCAGGAUCCCUCUACCAACUGUACCGGCUCCUGUAUCAGCGGCUGCUUCUGUGACCCAGGAUAUGUGUUCCGUGGUCGCCGCUGCGUUCCCCUUCACCAGUGUGGCUGUUUGGACGAGAGCAACAACUACUAUGAGCCAGGGGAAAUUAUCUUUGGCGAUGGCUGCUCAGAGUUGUGUCGAUGCAUUGGGAACUACACGCUGGACUGUGUCAGCAAUGCCUGUGAGCCCACAGAGGAGUGUCGUGAAUUCAACGGUGUUACAGGCUGCUAUCCUAAAGGCACCUCCACCUGCAUCGCCACAAAUGACCCUCACUACACUACGUUUGACCAUCGGCGAUAUAGCUUCAUGGGCAACUGCAGCUACCUCAUGGCAGACACCUGCAACAGCACCCUGGCCCCACCCUUUUCAGUCUAUGCUGAUAACGAGCAUCGCUACAACCAGCUCUCUGUCACCUAUGUCAAAGCAGUGCAUGUGCACACACGCGGAGUGGUGGUGUCGGUGCUGAAGGGGGGAACUGUGCAGGUGAAUGGGACUACAGUCAACCUGCCUGUGACCCCAGCUCAGGGCGUGUCUGUCUUCAAGUCGGGGAGACACUACACUGUGGCUGCAGAUUUUGGUGUUACAGUACGAUACGAUGGAAACCACUUCAUGGACAUCAAAGUCACCAGCGAUUACAAGAACAGCUUGUGUGGGCUAUGUGGAGACUACAAUGGAAACCCCAAGGAUGAUUUCCGCACACCAUCUGGUCAGCUAGUCACAAAUACCAAUGAGUUUGGACACAGUUGGAACUCUGACACAAACUGCAACAAGAAGCCCAAUGAAACAAUCCCAGAAUGCAGUGAUGAUCAAGAGGAUAUGUAUGAGAGUCCCGCCUACUGUGGCAUGUUAUUAGAUCCCAAGGGACCCUUUGCCACCUGUCAUCCCAGAGUCAGCCCCAAUGGCUUCUUCCAGGACUGUCUCUUUGACAUGUGUGCACUGGACGGGGCUCAAACAUCGCUGUGCGAAGCGCUGGAGUCCUACGUCAACGAGUGUCAGGACCGCAACGUGAGCGUUGGGUCAUGGAGAAACGGCACAUUCUGUCCUCUUCCCUGCCCAGCUAAUAGUCACUAUGAGGCGUGUGCUCCACCUUGCCCCCCAUCCUGCACCAUUCCCAGCCCAGGACAAUGCAGUGGACCAUGUGCAGAGGGGUGUGUGUGUGACACAGGAUAUGUUUACAGUUCUGGGAAAUGUAUUAAACAGGAGAGCUGUGGGUGCAACUUCAAUGGACAGUACUACCAGGCAGGGGAAGAGUUCUACACUGAGGGCUGUGAGCUCAAGUGCACAUGUGAGGGAGGGGUUGUGUCGUGCUGGCCUGGAGACUGUCCCCCUCAGCAUGCCUGUAGACUGCAGAAUGGAGUGGUGGGCUGCUACCCCUUAAGUACAAAGGACUGUUACAUCUCUGGAGACCCACAUUACACCACCUUUGAUGGGAAAUACUAUACCUUCAUGGGUACCUGCACCUAUACUCUGGCUAGGAGCUGUCAAAACCACACAGGUCCCUGGUUCUCAGUGGAGGGGAAGAAUGAGGAGAGGGGUGUGGCAGGCGUUUCAUACCUGCGCAAGCUGUAUGUCAAUGUCAGUGGAGUCACUGUCACUCUGAUGAAGAGCAGAAGGACUCUGGUGAAUGGUCUGCGUGUGUCCCUCCCGCACUCCCCUUCUCCGCUCAUCUUUCUCUCCCUGGCUGGGCAGUAUGUCACCAUGCAGACCACUUUCGGUCUGACAGUACGCUGGGACGGGAACCACUACGCACACAUCUCAGUCCCAAGCUCCUACUUCGACCAGAUGUGUGGUUUGUGUGGAGAUUAUGAUGGAAACCCAAACAAUGACUUCACCAAACCAGACGGUUCACUGGCCGGGAAUUCAAACCAGUUUGGUAACAGCUGGCAAACUGAGGACGAUGAGGAUGACAGGUGUUUGUCUGAUGACAAACCUGAACCGCCCUGUGAGCCCAGUCUUGAGGCAGAGGUGUCCAAACCUGAGAAUUGCGGCAAACUGAAUGACACCCAAGGGCCUUUCAGGGACUGCAUUGAGAUGGUUGACCCACGGCCCUAUUUCCAGAGCUGUGUGUAUGACAUGUGUCGAUAUGACGGGCUUGAGCAAACCCUAUGUGAUCAGCUGCAGUCCUACACAGAUGCCUGUCUCAGCGCAGGAGCCCCUGUCCACCAAUGGAGGGAGCCAGACUUCUGCCCUCUGGCCUGCCCCCCCAACAGUCACUACUCCUUAUGUGUGAGCUCAUGUCCAGAGACAUGCGUGGGUCACAGUGGGGGUGCACAGCCAGGGUGUGGAGAGAACUGUGUGGAGGGCUGCAAGUGUGACCCCAGCUUCAUCCUCAGCAAUGAGCGCUGUGUUCCUCUCAGAGACUGUGGCUGUGUUGAUCCCCAAGGCUCUUACCACCCUGUGAAUGAGAGCUGGUAUCUGGAGGGUUGUACUGGGCGCUGUGUGUGCAGAGGGGAGGGAGUGAUUGAGUGCCACAAGAACACCUGUGCACCCAAUGAGGUCUGCCAACUGCAGGAUGGAGAAUACGGCUGCCAUCCGUUGGCAACUCCGAGCCCCACCACACCGCAGCCUCCAACCACUGCAGCCCCUGUGAAAUGUCCCCCCAAUGCACACUAUAAGGAAUGUGGCCCAGCCUGCAUCCCAAGCUGCCAGGAUCCCUCUACCAACUGUACCGGCUCCUGUAUCAGCGGCUGCUUCUGUGACCCAGGAUAUGUGUUCCGUGGUCGCCGCUGCGUUCCCCUUCACCAGUGUGGCUGUUUGGACGAGAGCAACAACUACUAUGAGCCAGGGGAAAUUAUCUUUGGCGAUGGCUGCUCAGAGUUGUGUCGAUGCAUUGGGAACUACACGCUGGACUGUGUCAGCAAUGCCUGUGAGCCCACAGAGGAGUGUCGUGAAUUCAACGGUGUUACAGGCUGCUAUCCUAAAGGCACCUCCACCUGCAUCGCCACAAAUGACCCUCACUACACUACGUUUGACCAUCGGCGAUAUAGCUUCAUGGGCAACUGCAGCUACCUCAUGGCAGACACCUGCAACAGCACCCUGGCCCCACCCUUUUCAGUCUAUGCUGAUAACGAGCAUCGCUACAACCAGCUCUCUGUCACCUAUGUCAAAGCAGUGCAUGUGCACACACGCGGAGUGGUGGUUUCGGUGCUGAAGGGGGGAACUGUGCAGGUGAAUGGGACUACAGUCAACCUGCCUGUGACCCCAGCUCAGGGCGUGUCUGUCUUCAAGUCGGGGAGACACUACACUGUGGCUGCAGAUUUUGGUGUUACAGUACGAUACGAUGGAAACCACUUCAUGGACAUCAAAGUCACCAGCGAUUACAAGAACAGCUUGUGUGGGCUAUGUGGAGACUACAAUGGAAACCCCAAGGAUGAUUUCCGCACACCAUCUGGUCAGCUAGUCACAAAUACCAAUGAGUUUGGACACAGUUGGAACUCUGACACAAACUGCAACAAGAAGCCCAAUGAAACAAUCCCAGAAUGCAGUGAUGAUCAAGAGGAUAUGUAUGAGAGUCCCGCCUACUGUGGCAUGUUAUUAGAUCCCAAGGGACCCUUUGCCACCUGUCAUCCCAGAGUCAGCCCCAAUGGCUUCUUCCAGGACUGUCUCUUUGACAUGUGUGCACUGGACGGGGCUCAAACAUCGCUGUGCGAAGCGCUGGAGUCCUACGUCAACGAGUGUCAGGACCGCAACGUGAGCGUUGGGUCAUGGAGAAACGGCACAUUCUGUCCUCUUCCCUGCCCAGCUAAUAGUCACUAUGAGGCGUGUGCUCCACCUUGCCCCCCAUCCUGCACCAUUCCCAGCCCAGGACAAUGCAGUGGACCAUGUGCAGAGGGGUGUGUGUGUGACACAGGAUAUGUUUACAGUUCUGGGAAAUGUAUUAAACAGGAGAGCUGUGGGUGCAACUUCAAUGGACAGUACUACCAGGCAGGGGAAGAGUUCUACACUGAGGGCUGUGAGCUCAAGUGCACAUGUGAGGGAGGGGUUGUGUCGUGCUGGCCUGGAGACUGUCCCCCUCAGCAUGCCUGUAGACUGCAGAAUGGAGUGGUGGGCUGCUACCCCUUAAGUACAAAGGACUGUUACAUCUCUGGAGACCCACAUUACACCACCUUUGAUGGGAAAUACUAUACCUUCAUGGGUACCUGCACCUAUACUCUGGCUAGGAGCUGUCAAAACCACACAGGUCCCUGGUUCUCAGUGGAGGGGAAGAAUGAGGAGAGGGGUGUGGCAGGCGUUUCAUACCUGCGCAAGCUGUAUGUCAAUGUCAGUGGAGUCACUGUCACUCUGAUGAAGAGCAGAAGGACUCUGGUGAAUGGUCUGCGUGUGUCCCUCCCGCACUCCCCUUCUCCGCUCAUCUUUCUCUCCCUGGCUGGGCAGUAUGUCACCAUGCAGACCACUUUCGGUCUGACAGUACGCUGGGACGGGAACCACUACGCACACAUCUCAGUCCCAAGCUCCUACUUCGACCAGAUGUGUGGUUUGUGUGGAGAUUAUGAUGGAAACCCAAACAAUGACUUCACCAAACCAGACGGUUCACUGGCCGGGAAUUCAAACCAGUUUGGUAACAGCUGGCAAACUGAGGACGAUGAGGAUGACAGGUGUUUGUCUGAUGACAAACCUGAACCGCCCUGUGAGCCCAGUCUUGAGGCAGAGGUGUCCAAACCUGAGAAUUGCGGCAAACUGAAUGACACCCAAGGGCCUUUCAGGGACUGCAUUGAGAUGGUUGACCCACGGCCCUAUUUCCAGAGCUGUGUGUAUGACAUGUGUCGAUAUGACGGGCUUGAGCAAACCCUAUGUGAUCAGCUGCAGUCCUACACAGAUGCCUGUCUCAGCGCAGGAGCCCCUGUCCACCAAUGGAGGGAGCCAGACUUCUGCCCUCUGGCCUGCCCCCCCAACAGUCACUACUCCUUAUGUGUGAGCUCAUGUCCAGAGACAUGCGUGGGUCACAGUGGGGGUGCACAGCCAGGGUGUGGAGAGAACUGUGUGGAGGGCUGCAAGUGUGACCCCAGCUUCAUCCUCAGCAAUGAGCGCUGUGUUCCUCUCAGAGACUGUGGCUGUGUUGAUCCCCAAGGCUCUUACCACCCUGUGAAUGAGAGCUGGUAUCUGGAGGGUUGUACUGGGCGCUGUGUGUGCAGAGGGGAGGGAGUGAUUGAGUGCCACAAGAACACCUGUGCACCCAAUGAGGUCUGCCAACUGCAGGAUGGAGAAUACGGCUGCCAUCCGUUGGCAACUCCGAGCCCCACCACACCGCAGCCUCCAACCACUGUAGCCCCUGUGAAAUGUCCCCCCAAUGCACACUAUAAGGAAUGUGGCCCAGCCUGCAUCCCAAGCUGCCAGGAUCCCUCUACCAACUGUACCGGCUCCUGUAUCAGCGGCUGCUUCUGUGACCCAGGAUAUGUGUUCCGUGGUCGCCGCUGCGUUCCCCUUCACCAGUGUGGCUGUUUGGACGAGAGCAACAACUACUAUGAGCCAGGGGAAAUUAUCUUUGGCGAUGGCUGCUCAGAGUUGUGUCGAUGCAUUGGGAACUACACGCUGGACUGUGUCAGCAAUGCCUGUGAGCCCACAGAGGAGUGUCGUGAAUUCAACGGUGUUACAGGCUGCUAUCCUAAAGGCACCUCCACCUGCAUCGCCACAAAUGACCCUCACUACACUACGUUUGACCAUCGGCGAUAUAGCUUCAUGGGCAACUGCAGCUACCUCAUGGCAGACACCUGCAACAGCACCCUGGCCCCACCCUUUUCAGUCUAUGCUGAUAACGAGCAUCGCUACAACCAGCUCUCUGUCACCUAUGUCAAAGCAGUGCAUGUGCACACACGCGGAGUGGUGGUGUCGGUGCUGAAGGGGGGAACUGUGCAGGUGAAUGGGACUACAGUCAACCUGCCUGUGACCCCAGCUCAGGGCGUGUCUGUCUUCAAGUCGGGGAGACACUACACUGUGGCUGCAGAUUUUGGUGUUACAGUACGAUACGAUGGAAACCACUUCAUGGACAUCAAAGUCACCAGCGAUUACAAGAACAGCUUGUGUGGGCUAUGUGGAGACUACAAUGGAAACCCCAAGGAUGAUUUCCGCACACCAUCUGGUCAGCUAGUCACAAAUACCAAUGAGUUUGGACACAGUUGGAACUCUGACACAAACUGCAACAAGAAGCCCAAUGAAACAAUCCCAGAAUGCAGUGAUGAUCAAGAGGAUAUGUAUGAGAGUCCCGCCUACUGUGGCAUGUUAUUAGAUCCCAAGGGACCCUUUGCCACCUGUCAUCCCAGAGUCAGCCCCAAUGGCUUCUUCCAGGACUGUCUCUUUGACAUGUGUGCACUGGACGGGGCUCAAACAUCGCUGUGCGAAGCACUGGAGUCCUACGUCAACGAGUGUCAGGACCGCAACGUGAGCGUUGGCCCAGGACAAUGCAGUGGACCAUGUGCAGAGGGGUGUGUGUGUGACACAGGAUAUGUUUACAGUUCUGGGAAAUGUAUUAAACAGGAGAGCUGUGGGUGCAACUUCAAUGGACAGUACUACCAGGCAGGGGAAGAGUUCUACACUGAGGGCUGUGAGCUCAAGUGCACAUGUGAGGGAGGGGUUGUGUCGUGCUGGCCUGGAGACUGUCCCCCUCAGCAUGCCUGUAGACUGCAGAAUGGAGUGGUGGGCUGCUACCCCUUAAGUACAAAGGACUGUUACAUCUCUGGAGACCCACAUUACACCACCUUUGAUGGGAAAUACUAUACCUUCAUGGGUACCUGCACCUAUACUCUGGCUAGGAGCUGUCAAAACCACACAGGUCCCUGGUUCUCAGUGGAGGGGAAGAAUGAGGAGAGGGGUGUGGCAGGCGUUUCAUACCUGCGCAAGCUGUAUGUCAAUGUCAGUGGAGUCACUGUCACUCUGAUGAAGAGCAGAAGGACUCUGGUGAAUGGUCUGCGUGUGUCCCUCCCGCACUCCCCUUCUCCGCUCAUCUUUCUCUCCCUGGCUGGGCAGUAUGUCACCAUGCAGACCACUUUCGGUCUGACAGUACGCUGGGACGGGAACCACUACGCACACAUCUCAGUCCCAAGCUCCUACUUCGACCAGAUGUGUGGUUUGUGUGGAGAUUAUGAUGGAAACCCAAACAAUGACUUCACCAAACCAGACGGUUCACUGGCCGGGAAUUCAAACCAGUUUGGUAACAGCUGGCAAACUGAGGACGAUGAGGAUGACAGGUGUUUGUCUGAUGACAAACCUGAACCGCCCUGUGAGCCCAGUCUUGAGGCAGAGGUGUCCAAACCUGAGAAUUGCGGCAAACUGAAUGACACCCAAGGGCCUUUCAGGGACUGCAUUGAGAUGGUUGACCCACGGCCCUAUUUCCAGAGCUGUGUGUAUGACAUGUGUCGAUAUGACGGGCUUGAGCAAACCCUAUGUGAUCAGCUGCAGUCCUACACAGAUGCCUGUCUCAGCGCAGGAGCCCCUGUCCACCAAUGGAGGGAGCCAGACUUCUGCCCUCUGGCCUGCCCCCCCAACAGUCACUACUCCUUAUGUGUGAGCUCAUGUCCAGAGACAUGCGUGGGUCACAGUGGGGGUGCACAGCCAGGGUGUGGAGAGAACUGUGUGGAGGGCUGCAAGUGUGACCCCAGCUUCAUCCUCAGCAAUGAGCGCUGUGUUCCUCUCAGAGACUGUGGCUGUGUUGAUCCCCAAGGCUCUUACCACCCUGUGAAUGAGAGCUGGUAUCUGGAGGGUUGUACUGGGCGCUGUGUGUGCAGAGGGGAGGGAGUGAUUGAGUGCCGCAAGAACACCUGUGCUCCCAAUGAGGUCUGCCAACUGCAGGAUGGAGAAUACGGCUGCCAUCCACUGGGUCAUGGAACAUGUUCAGCUUCUGGUGACCCUCACUACCUCUCUUUUGACAAGAAAGUUCAUCACUUCCAAGGCUCUUGCUCUUAUACUCUUACCAAGCCGUGUAAUGUCUCUUCUGGGUUGCCAUACUUCUCUGUCGUCACCCAGAAUGAGCAUCGUCGCAAUAACAAGGAUGUCUCCUAUGUCCGUGCUGUUAUUGUCAAUGUUCAAGGUUCUGAAGUCAUACUGAGCAGUGCGCGGAGAGUUCAGGUGAACAGUGUAAGGGUCCACCUCCCUGUGUCUCUCCCCAAUGGUGUGAGCAUCUAUUUGAGUGGGACAUUUGCAGUUCUGGAUGCAGAUUUUGGCCUGCUAGUACGAUAUGAUGGGAACCACCAUGUGGAUGUCAGCCUGCCCUCCUCCUAUAGUGGACUGUUGUGUGGACUCUGUGGAAACUAUAAUGGUAAACCCAGUGAUGAUAACCUGAAACCAGAUGGCAAACCGGCAGCCAACACCAAUCAGUUGGGAGAAAGUUGGCAAGUCGCAGACAACCGCACCAACUGUUCUCAUGGUGGGGGAGUAGAUGAGUGUGACGAGAAGGUGGAGAAUGAGGCUCAGAAACCAAUCAGCUGUGGCAUGAUCACUGACCCCAGCGGUAUCUUCAAGCCCUGCCACACGGUGGUGCCCCCAGAUAUUUCUUUUGAGAACUGCGUGUAUGACCAGUGCGGAACUGGGGGAGACACUGUGGCUUUGUGCCAGGCCCUCCAAAGCUAUGCUGAUCUGUGUGCCCUGAACGGAGUUCCCAUAUCCUGGAGAAACAACACCUUCUGCCCUCUCAAGUGCCCAGUCGGCAGUCACUACUCCCACUGUGGUACAGCCUGCCCCACCAGUUGCCAGAACCCUGGCUCUGUCAGCAGCUGUGACAGGCCCUGCGUGGAGGGGUGUGUGUGUGACUCUGGCCUGGUGCUCAGUGGGGACAAGUGUGUUCCCUUCAGCCAGUGCGGCUGCACAGACAAAGACCACAAUUACCAGCCGGUGGGCAAUAGCUGGUUUCCUGCGGCUGACUGCUCAGAGCGCUGUGUGUGCUCCUCCUCCAACAACAUCACGUGUGAGCCCUGGCAGUGCAGCCCUGCCCAGGAAUGUGGGGUUCAGGAGGGCCAGCUGGCCUGCCACUCCACAGGUGUGGGAGUGUGCCAUGUGGCUGGUGACCCGCACUACUACACCUUUGAUGGAAAGAUGCACACCUUCAUGGGCACCUGCUCGUACACCCUGGUGGAGGUGUGCAACAGCAGCAGGGUCACCCCUUUCACUGUCGUGGCCAAGAACGAGGAGCGGGGCCAGCCGGAGGCGUCCUACGUGCGCUCGGUCACCGUCACUCUGCCCACCGCCAACGUCACACUCAGCAAGGGCCGCAGAGUGCUGCUGAAUGGCCGCAGGAUACGCACUCCAAUGACCAUCACUGGAGCCGGGGCCCGGGUGGCUACCAGCGGGGUGUACACUGUGCUGGACACAGAUUUUGGGCUGAUUGUCAAAUUUGAUGGAGUGCAUCAACUGGAGAUUACAAUACCAGGAGACUAUUUUGACAAGGUGUGUGGCAUGUGUGGGAAUUACAACAGCAAUCCCACAGACGAUGACCUAAUGCCCAAUGGACUUCCAGCUAAAGAUGUCAUUGAACUGGGUAACAGAUGGAAAGCGGAGGGAGACAGUGAUCCUGGCUGCCAGCCGGACGACCGGGAGGACCUUCACCCCAACUGCACAGCGGAGGAGGAGCUCCAGUACAAGGAUCAGUGCGCUGAGCUGAUCCAGUCCGCCGCCUUUCAGCUCUGCCACGGUCCCCUGGCUCCCGGGCCAUUCCUGGACAACUGCGUGUACGACAUGUGCGAGUACAACGGCAUGCAGGGGAUGCUGUGCGACAACGUGGAGGCGUACGCGCAGGCCUGCCAGAGCCUCGGAACCACAGUCAGCUGGAGGAACGCCACGUUCUGUCCUCUGCCCUGCCCUCCCAACAGCCACUACUCAGACUGCACGGCCCCCUGUCCUGCCAGCUGCGCGGACCUCUUUCCCAGUAGCUGCCCUCAGCCGCCCAACGCGUGCGUGGAGGGAUGCCAGUGCAACGCCGGGUUCGUGCUGAGCGACGGUCGGUGUGUGCCGCUGGCCGACUGCGGCUGCGUGGAUCCCAUUGGGGAGUACCACAAUGUGGGUGACUCUUGGCUGAACGACCACUGCAACAGGCAGUGCAGCUGCACCCUGGGUGGGAUUCUGCAUUGCGUGCCGUUUGAGUGCAGAGACAACUCCAUCUGCUUCCUGGACAAAGAGGGACUUCGCUACUGCAUGCCUGAGAGGUUUGAGAAGUGUAGUAUUUCAGGAGACCCUCAUUACCGCACCUUUGACGGGUUCGUUCACCACUACCAAGGCCCCCACACUUAUGUCCUCACCCAGAGCAUUAACAUAUCCAGCUCACUGGUGCCCCUGACUGUUCAGGGCAAGAACGCACGGAGGGGUGGUAACCGGCGUGUCUCCUUCCUGCAUGAGGUUUAUGUUGACGUGUACGAGGUCAAUGUUCGCUUCUUGCAGAGGAAGAUCAUCUUGGUGAACGGGGAGAGAGUACAGCCUCCCCUGCAGCCCAAGGAGGGACUCAAAGUCACCAUGAACUCCCAGAACAUGCAGCUGUCCACUGACUUUGGCCUCACAGUCCGCUUUGAUGGCAGAAGCCACGGCGAGGUGAUUUUGCCUAGCACCUAUGAGUCAGCAGUCAGAGGACUGUGUGGGAACUACGAUGGCCGACGCAACAACGAGUACAUGAAGCCCGACGGCACACUCACACGCAAUUUAAACGAGUUUGGGGACAGCUGGAUAGUGAGUGACCGGGAGGAGCCUGCUACACGCACUGCCACCUUGCCUGCAGUGGUACACCUGUAUAGGCGUGAGGUGGAGCAAGAGCCAGACAAUGGGUUUGAAACCGACGGGUGCACAGAAACGCAGCUAACCGAGCUAAACAGCACAUGGCAGUGUGGAGCGCUUUCUGAUCUUACAGGACCUUUCGCAGUCUGCCACUCUAGCCUCCAUCCCAAGGUGUUCCAGGAUGACUGUGUGUUCGACCUCUGCGCAGUGCAAAGCAGCCCUCAGCUGCGUUGUGACAGCUAUGAGGUAUACGCUCAGGCCUGUCAAGAGCAGGGCGUCACCCUUGGGGACUGGAGACUGCAGCUGGAGUGCGGCCUGACAUGUCCAGCGAACAGUACCUACAAACUCUCCACCACCCUGUGCCCGGCCUCAUGUGCUGACCUGGCUGCGCCAUCUGCGUGCGCUGAGUCAUUCUCCAUGGAGGGCUGUCAGUGUGACCCAGGUUACGUUAUGAGCGGCACCGACUGUGUGCCUUACACCCAGUGUGGCUGCACUUUCCAGGAAAGAUAUUACUUGCUGAAUGAGAAGUUUGUGUCAGAGGACUGCUCUCAGAGCUGUGAAUGCACACCAACAGGGGCUGUAUGUCAAUCAAAAAGCUGUCCUGAAACCCAUGUCUGCACUAUCUACAACAUGACACGGGACUGCUUCCUAAAGAGUGCAUGUUUGAGCAGCCCCUGUCUUAACGGAGGGACAUGCCUGCAUACAUCAAAGGAUCUAGGCUUUACCUGUCUGUGUGCUGAAGGGUUCCAGGGUCCGUACUGUGAGGAAAUCACCUGUCCCAGCUGUCUAGAUGAGACUACAAUUAUUCUCAUUGGAGUUCUGGUCCCCCUUGGAGUCAUUAUCCUCAUCGUGAUAUGCAUUUGUGUAUAUAAACAAACAGCAAGAAAGAAGAGAUUACAAUUUAAAGACAAACUUCAGAUGUCCAAAACAAAAGGUACCAAUUAUGAAAACAUGGAUUCUACAGAUGAGAGUGCAAAAAUAACUCAGUUUUGACCGGAUUUGAAACUGCUUCAUCCAGAGAAAUACAUGGAGAGCAAUUCAUUAUAUAGUUAUUGUUAAUUGAGCAUUACUAGCAUAGUUCUAUUCUGAUUAAAAUGCAUAUCAUCUCUUCUUAUUUGGUUUGAACUGUAUGUGUGUUAAUUGCAAUCAUUUUACUUUUUUAUUAACUUAUUUUUAAAAGCCUGUAAUUAUGAAUGUAUUGCAAUAU